CCGGGUCGGGAUCCUCUGCGCUUCCUCCCCGCUCCGCCCCGCGGCCUGGGGCGGGAGGGCCGCGACCCAGCGGCGCGCCCAGAGAAGCGCCGCCCCAGCUCCCGACCGCAGUCGCCCGCUGCCCGCUGCCCGCAGCUCUGGCUCCUGGCGCGCGCCGCCGUCAUGCCCCGGGCAGUGCUGCCCACGCUCCUGCUGCAGCUGCUGGGCCUCGCCGCUGCCACCGCCUCCGACUGUCCUUCAUCUACCUGGGUUCAGUUCCAGGACAGCUGUUACAUUUUUCUUCAAGAAGCCAUUAAAGUAGAAGGCAUAGAGGAUGUCAGAAAUCAGUGUACUGGCCAUGGAGCAGACAUGAUAAGCAUACAUAAUAAAGAAGAAAAUGCUUUUAUAUUGGAUACUUUGAAAAAGCAAUGGAAAGCCCCAGAUGAUAUCCUACUAGGAAUGUUUUAUGAUACAGAUGAGGCGAGCUUCAAGUGGUUUGAUAAUUCAAAUAUGACAUUUCAUAACUGGGCAGACCAAGAUGAUGAUGAUGAUCUAGUGGACACCUGUGGUUUUCUGCAUACCAAGACGGGUGAAUGGAAAAAAGGAAAUUGUGAAGUUUCUACUGUAGAAGGAACACUUUGUAAAGCAGCUAUCCCAUAUGACAAGAAAUACUUAUCAGAUAAUCACAUUUUAAUAGCAACUUUGGUAGUUGCUAGUACAGUAAUUUUGACAGUUUUGGGAGCAAUCAUUUGGUUCUCCUACAAAAGACAUUCUGAUUCUGGUUUCACUACGAUUUUUUCAACUGUAUCCCAAUCCUCUUUUAACGAUGACUGUGUUUUGGUCGGUGGAGAAGAAAAUGAACUUGCUGUUCAAUUUGACUAAAUUUUUUAAUUUUAUUUUUGCUAAAUUUUUGGUAAUCACAGACUAAGAGAGGACUGAUUCCUGUCCAAGAUUUUAAUAUAAAUGACAUUAAAAAUUAUAGCUUUUAUGGUACUUCUUAUAUUAGCAGCAAUAUUUUCAUGAAGUCAUUAACAAAAGUCACGUGUUUUGGUUGCCAACACAUUCCCACCAGCUUGAACUGCUGGUGGUUCAAGCCACCUCAUAGAGACAUAUACAAAUAUGGCCCUAUUGUGAAUGUGUUAAAGCAGGUUUUGGAAAAGGAAAAAUCUUGUAUCUAAAAGGGUUUUAAACACCAUUUCUAAGAAACUUUCACUCAAAAGGAAAGCCUUAAGUCCAAGAAGCUAAUAAAAGUAAAAAUCCA